AUGGUUGUUGAUGCUGUUAUUUAUCAUCCUUAUUAUGAUAAGAUCUUAAGAUUCUUAGAUACAACUCCUAAGAGGGAGAAACUUUAUAGAUUAGUUGCUUACUUAUCUAGAUUUUUAACUUACUAUUCUUAUAGAAUGGGUUUCAGUACUGACACUGUCAACAUGUUUAAAGAAUUGAAAAGUCAAGUUACUUUCUUAAGAAAAGGUAUGAGAUUCUUGAAGCCUUUACAUCAUUUAGAAACUGCCUCCAAAACUUUCGAUAAUAAGUUAAUGGAUCCAAUUUUACAAAAAACCACUGUCGUAAGAAACUUAGGUUAUGCUGGUUACUUGACCAUUGAUGCUUUCAUAUUCUUAAAGAUGUUAGGAUUAGUCAAUAAGAGCAAAUUCUCCAAUGCCUCUACUUGGGCCUCAAGAUUUUGGUUACUUGGACUUAUCGCUGGGGUUAUAAAUUCUUUAAGAUCGUAUAAGAUCAAUAUCACCAAAUUGAAUAAUAAAGAUGAAAAAGUUGACGUUGAAGAUGUCAAGGGAAAGAUUUUCAAAGCUAAGAGAAAAUUAGUUUGGGAUUUAUUAGAUAUGUUUAUUGCUUUGAACUCAUUAAAUUACUUACAUUUCACCGAAGGAGAUGUUGGUUUAGCAGGAUCUAUCACAUCAGUUAUGGGUUUGAAAGAUUUAUGGGCUGCCACUUAG